GUCGCGUCAAACCCGCACACAUAAAACCACAAAACCAACCAAUAACAGAAAACACAGUGACCACAGUGCACUCAUGUGAAAAAAUACCACCUAGUGUAAGUGAGCUUUGAACACAAAGCGUGAUCAAAAACGCGUGGAUGAACGAACGAACAUUUUGUAUCAAUAAAUCUGUUACAUCGUUUUAAUCGGUCUAACAAAAGUGAUAUAAAAGUGAUCAACUCGGUGUCAACAACAACAAAAGUGUUCGAUUUUCAAAUCACAUUGCGCCAGUAUUUUUUAAGUGUUCGAAUUUCUCAGCGGCCAGUGUCGCGCGAGUAAUUUUUAAAAGUGUUCCAUUUUCGAAGUGGCCAGUGUUGCGCUAGUGAUGUGACCGGCGAUGACAGUUGGGCGUCCAAGAUGGCGGGUCGGCACAAGCCAACGGUCAGGCAUUUCCACAACCAGCCGGAGCUGCAGCGGGGCGGCAGCCUCGGUCUGAUGCUGAGGUGGAUCCUGCUCGUGUGCCUGGCGAGCUGUGGGCCUUUGGGGAACACCGUUAAACAAGAUGGCUGUGCCUUCCCCGCUCGCUGGCAUGGCCGCUGGUUCCAAUCCGGCGUCAUCCAACCCAUCUCCAUCGAGGGGGACCGCCUCUCCAACAAGGGGCGAUGCCUCUCUUCAGAGGGGGACAAGUUUCUCAUCGUCGAUGAGAAAGGGUGCUAUCGUUGUGUGGUGAUGCACGAAAAACAUACUAACGUUUUGCAGUACAAAGAAACGUUCUGCCACCGCCGAGACGCGUUACCCCACCUCUGCUCUCUCAUCACGGGAGACGCUCUCCUCUACUCAAUGUUCAGAGAAAAUGCAGAUCCUGUGGACUGCCCUCUGAAAGGGCCUUUCUCAUUCACUUAUAACAGGGGCCAUGGAGACUGCAAGAUCCCCGUAUCGUCUAUCGAAAGCUGUACAGAAGAUUCCCGUCUUCUGCUGAACUAUCAGGCUUGCCCGGAUAUAUCUGCUUCUGAAAGUACAGUGGAAGAGCUAGAAUGCCUAGCAACAUGGAAGGAGGGCAGCCUUAGGUUUCUCGUCGGAAAACUACAUCAUAACCACGCCACGAGCAACGAGGAUCGCUACCGCUGCUUCGUCUACGAGAAGACUAAUGGUAUCGCGUCAACGGGCGUGAAAGAAGGCCCAAGCUCCGGUGAAGUGGAAUACCGAGUAGCCCAGUCUGGAGAUGCUACCUGCAAUGGGCUGUUUAGCGCCACGGAGGGGAGUAGGACCAUGGCGUUGAAGCGAGUGUCCGUCCGUUCCAACUGCCAGUUCCCGACCUGGAUGACGUUUUCUCACACUUGGCACACGCUGGACUACAGCUCAAACUACACCUUCUACCAGCGAAAUGCCACACUCCGCAUCACGGACAAAUCUGGCGCUGACAUUAAAGUGUACUGCGUCAGCGUGAAGGCUAGUUCUCCCAGCGGGAACUCGAUAGCGCUGGUGGCGCAUUGGCAGCAUCAUUGUGUCUCCCGCUACGUGUGUGUCGUCCUUUACCGGCGGGACACAUACAUAGCGGAGCUGCAACGCGGCGCGCCGACUGCUCGAGCUGAUGACGCCUGCUCCAACCAUCACUUCAGCGCGGCCACGGAGCCAUAUGUUACUUUAGUUGCGAGCAAUCCCGAAUCAAAAGAAUGUCCGUAUUCCGGCAAAUACGAGAUACAGAACCGUCACGAACGAAGCGUUAGGUCUAUAGAACACAAUAUUAGGAAUGGUAGUAGGCUCUUCAAUUUUAGUAUAAGCAAUAUGUCGAGCGCGCCGAUGCUGCGAAGUCGGCGCGAAGUGAACGAAGUGGGGUGUGUUGUUAGUGGAUUUGAUAGGUUGGAAGUGGGGUGUAAUUCCGCGAAGAAUAUGGAGUUUUAUUCGAGCUGUGAGAAUAAGGAGGUUGUGACGGCAUACACAUGCCACGGCGGCUGGUACGAGAACGGCGCGUCAUUCGUCGUCACCACGCCGCUUACGCGCGACAGUCGCGCGGCGCGUCGCUACUGUUUCGUGUCGCGCGACCACCGACACGCGCUCACGCUCACUCGGAGCGCGACCAACUGCGAGCGUGUCGUUACCGGCGAGCAGUUGGUGUUCAAUGCGAGGAAUACCGGUGAAUGUCAAGAUCAAACCAACGCCCAGCCCCUCCAGAGGCUACCCUCACCCACCAUCAUCAUGCUGACAGGUGUAAUUUUACACUACAUCAUACCGAGAUGAUUCGGUCAUGGCCACACAUGUGACGUAGCGUAAUUAUAUUAAGGCUUAGAUGUGACCAAGGGGGAAUAGACAGACGGAAUUUUAAAUUUUAAGACAUCUAUUGGCCACUACAAAUGACACCCACAAUUGCAUCCGAUUUGCGGCAUUUAAUCUCAUUUAAAAGUGUGACACGAGAGAGUACAACUUGAAUGAAAGUUCCAUUUUCUGAGUCUUAAAUGUAAAAUAAAAUGCUCAAACAUGGCAACAAUUUUGUAUGCAAUGGUCUUAAUUCCAUACUUAAUCUCUACUCUCUUACGUCGCACUGUAAGUAUGGUGUACGCUACUCCUACUUAGCUGGGCUAUAAGCAUCUCUGUAUUAUAAUUAUAGUGUGUUUUAUGUGUCUAUGACGGUAGUUUCAGUUUGUGACUGACUUUAGAAGUUAGUCCGAACUCCGAAAUGUAUCAAUCGAAAAAAAAACUUAAAUAUGGAUAAAUUCAUGAAAUAAAACUAUGGAAACGGAUUAAAUCGCGUAUAAUGAAUUUAAAAUA